AUGACCGAUUACAGCCUGUAUCUCGUCACCUCCUCGGAAGAUCUUCCGCCUGGCGCGACGGUGGAAUCGACGGUCCGAGAGGCCGUCCGGGCCGGCGUGAAGAUCGUCCAGCUAAGGGAGAAGAAUCUGUCCACUAAGCUCUUCCUGGAGCGUGCCCGGGCACUUCGCGAGAUCUGCCAACCACCAGUCAAGCUCAUAAUCAACGAUCGCAUCGACAUUGCGCACGCGUGCGGUGCCGAUGGAGUUCAUUUGGGGCAGGAUGACAUGCCUCUGUUGGACGCACAGAAGCUCUUUCAAGCCACACAGAUUAUCGGAAUCAGUGUCAACACGAUUGAAGAGGCCAUAACCGCUGUGAGAAACGGUGCUGCCUACCUUGGCGUGGGAACCUGCUGGCCAACAGGCACCAAAUCGAUUCCGGAACAUAAAAUCAUUGGUCCCAGGGGAGUCAAAGCCAUUCGUGACGAACUGGAUCGUCUGGGUUUGUCAGCCCCCCUUGUCGUGAUCGUUCGGACGUUGCGCGGUUGCACGUCUAAUCGGCUUUACACCAAUAGAAAUGCCGAAUUUCCUAUCGGCGUGGCGGUCGUCUCGGCCAUCAUGAAAUCUCCAGAUCCCUACCAAUCCACCCAAGGCCUCAAAAAAUUAAUUGCAGCCUUCGAAGAGCAUAUGGAGCCGGACGAAGAGACGUCCUCGAAGCCGCUACCUGACUGGGUCCUCUUGGAGUAUUUCCACAUGCUCCAACAGGUGGGAAUCGUUGGAGGCAAGGAGGACGCGAAGCUGCUGACUAGACAGCAAGAGCUGGACUUAACCUCUCCGAGCUUAGACACUCCCACAGGUCACACGGAAAGCAGAGUUGUCUUCUCCCAUCUAUCACUGGCAACCGGCGAAGCCCUAAUUAGUGAACUAAACAGUCGAGCGAGCUCGGUCAAUCCUUGGGGCAGCUCGAUUGCGCGUGCACUACCGGAGCCCUUAUCUGCCCCAAUCAGCGAAAUUGAACUCCCGCCGUGUGUAUGCACCCGACAGCCAAUCCUAGACCUCAUCAAGAAUCUCAAAGUUGCAGUAGAGGACGUAUGUUUACUGGACCCGAAAGCAGAACAAGAGCUAAAGCCCGAGGAUGGCCACCGGUUCCGAUGGUUUCUAUUCGGAGGGAUCCUCGGUGACGAUCCUCCACGGGACCGGACCGCACAGCUCCGGGUCUGCGGCUUUCCGUCCCGCCACCUCGGUGCGAUUCAGAUGACCACCGAUACUGCCGUGGCCGUCACUAAGAGAAUCGUUGAGGACAACCGCACCCUUGAAGACCUCAAUUGGGUAGUCAAACCCGAACUCGUCUUCAGUCCAAAGGAGAGAGUCGAAAUGCCUUUUAGGUAUCUUGCCCUCCCCAACGGUCAACCUAUCAUGCCCGAUGGAAUGAAGGAGCUAAUCCGUAAAGACCUAGAUCGGGCAUUUGAAUUUUAG